UGCAAGUGACUUUAAGAGGAACUCCCUGACUGCUCAAGAACUACAAGGCAGACCUCAACAUCUGAACAGCUGUUUGGUGAUGGAUGCAAAGAAGCAAUGUCCAUAAUGAAGCACGCAUCAGACCAGGACGUUGUUAAGGGGAAAAUGAAGGCAACAUUCAAGCAUAGACAGAAUAUGCUACAUGAUCUGGACCAGUCAUCACUCAUCUUGGAUCACUUCCCAAGAUUCUUGGAUACACCAGGCUUGAUUGAGCAGGACUUCAUCAUGCUCUUUGGAGAAGACAUCUUGGGGAAGUUUGUUGCAAGAUGGCCAACGUUCUACAAACCAAAGGUCAUCACUGUCAGCAAAAGCCUUGGACAGAGUGUUCACCUGGAUGACCUUCUGUCUGCUCAGGAGGAGUCAAGUGAUUAUGAAUGGGACAGUGACUUGGCAGCCAUUCUCCUGCUGGUUCAUCUCUUGCCUCCAACCGUCAAAGGGAAGAAACAUGUAAAAGUUAGUGCAGCUGAGGCAGCUGAUCGUGUUGUGAAGUUCAUGAAGGUUGGAACAAGCAUGGCGACACUCCUUGGCAAAGUUGGAUCUGCACAGCCCUUCCUCCUCUGUGUUGGAGAGAAGAAGAGCAGUUUUCUGAAGUUCUACAUCAUCCUGGAUCAGAAGCCCAUUCCUUGUGUGGCACAGACUGCAGUGGCUGCCUUCGAUGAACUUUUUAAGGCACACUUUGUGUUUGCUGUGUCCUACGAUGCAACCCUCCUCAACUUCUACACAUUCAUCCAAACAACAGUUUAUGGGAUUGAUGCGGCAACAGCAAAGGAGAGCCCCAGAGUCGAGGAAAUCAGAGUGAGAAUUAACAACACUUAAAUAUGCCAACAUGUUACAUUUGUAAGGUUCAGCACAGAAAUUAUUCAACUCUUUUUCAGCGUUUGAAAUUUAGUCAUGCUUUGUAUCCAGGGCACAAAUUGCAUUUUAAACGUGGGGAACAUAGCUGUUCAUCUGUUUUUUACACGUA